UGAUUGUGACCACCACUAGUAUAUUAAUAUGAAGAUAGACAUACACAUCGAGACUUAUUAGAACGGUUCAAAUCCACCAAAAAACGAUCAAGAGUCAAGAGAAGAGUGGCAUUUUCUAAUAACUCCCAUGGAAGCCGAAGCUUCAGCGUUUGAGACGAGUGAGAUGGUGGCGAUAUUCUUGGCGUCGACGCCAUUGGUGAGGGAGUCGUGGAGGCUGUGCGAAGCAGCGUCGUUUUCGCCGAUGGGUAUCGUAAUAGAACAAAAAGGCGACGUGGGAUAUUUGGCCUUCUCCUCAAUUCAAACGGGGCAAGCCAUCGCCGACCCCAACUGGGCUCGUUUGGUUCCUUUGGAGAUAGCAGGCGACGUUGUUUUUGGACCACUUCUCAGUCGCCGUGACGGUGACGUUGACACUGACUGUGACGGUGAUCGGCAGCCUGUUAUGAUCCACGCUGGCCUGUUAGAACUCUUUUUGUCCUUGUUUCGCUCUCAAAAUCUACAACACCAGAUAUUGUCAUUAAAAGAGCAAUGCAAUUCUAUAGUGAUCACAGGUCAUUCCUUAGGGGGUGCAAUAGCCUCUCUUUCAACAUUGUGGCUUCUUAGUCAUUGUCACCUCCAAUCAGUCUCUUAUUCACCCUCAGUCCUCUGCAUCACCUUUGGCUCACCAUUGCUGGGAAACGAGUCCCUCUCACGAGCCAUCCUUCGCGAGAGAUGGGGUGGAAACUUUUGCCAUGUAGUGUCCAAGCAUGACAUUAUGCCAAGGCUGCUCCUUGCUCCUUCAGCCACAGUCACUCCUCAAAUGCAGCUGUUGCUUCAUCAUUGGCAUGUCUCAAUGGGAACUACUACUACGGCUCCUCAUUUUGGCAGUCAUCAAAAUGUUGCUGCUGCCCAACUUGGAGACCCAGAGAAAGCAGAGUUCUUUGGACUCAUUAUGGCUUGCUUGAAUAAUUCUUCAUCAGAAGAGGCUUUGAAAAACUUGUUGUUUUGGCCCUUCGGAAACUACCUGUUGUGCUCCCAGGACGGAGCCAUUUGCUUGGACAAUGCAGCAUCUGUCAUUAAGAUGAUGCAUCUGAUGUUCAUGACAGGCUCUCCCAAUGAGUGCAUUGAAGAUCAUCUCAAGUAUGGAGAAUACGUUGGAAGAGGUUCUUCACAGUACCUGAAACGUUUUGUCCAAAUGCAGCCUUCUGAAUCAUGUUACGAGGCAGGACUUGCCUUGGCAUUGCAUUCAUCAGGGAUUCCUUCCCAGGAACCAGCUGUUAGUUCAGCCAAAGACUGCUUAACUAAUGCAAGACGAGUGGGGCGGCGCAUGCCUGAAAUCACGUGUGCUAAUCUUGCUGUAAAAUUAUCCAAAAUUGUCCCAUUUCGAGCUGAAAUAGAGUGGUAUAAAGCAUCUUGCGAUGAGUCCAGUGAUCAAAUGGGAUACUAUGAUGCCUUCAAGAGGAGAGGAUCCUCAAAAAAGGGUAACCAAGUUGAUAUGAAUAGGCGCAAACUUGCUGGCUUCUGGGACAAUGUUAUUGACCUAUGGGAAAGCAAUCAGCUGCCUUAUGAUUUUCAUAAAAGAGCAAAAUGGGUCAAUGCUUUCCAUUCCUACAAGCUAAUUGUUGAGCCACUUGAUAUUGGAGAGUACUACAGAAAGGACAUGCACAUACAUAACGGACAUUACUUGAGAAAUGGAAGACCAAGAAGGUUCCAAAUUUCUGACAGGUGGUGGAAAGAAAGAAGAAAAAAUGAGAAGGAUAAUGAUGCAAGAACCACACUUGCAAGUGCGACUCAAGAUUCAUGUUUUUGGGCAAGGCUGGAGGAAGCAAUGGAAUUGCUAGCUAACCUUCAAAGUGAGAAUGAAGAAGUGAAGAAGGAGACAUGGGUCAAUAUCAAUAAAUUCAAUGAAUAUGCUAGGAGAUUAGUUGAAAGGAAAGAGGUGUCCAAAGAUGUUCUGGCCAAAAACUCAAGCUACACUAAGUGGACUAAAGAUCUAGAAAAACUAAGUUCACCACUUGUUUUUCCUGUGACUCCUUUCCCUGAGUUCCCUCAGAUGAAGUUCUGAAGUUUCCAAAUUUCAAGGUGCCUUUGGAAGGUCAUUUGAGAAUUAGAGUUCGAUGUAAUUACGGGUAAUUACCAGGAUAAUUACGUAGUUUGACGUGUUUUUAUAGGCACGUAAUUACAUAAUAACUAGAAGAUAAUUAGGAGGCCUGAAUUACUCUCUCUAAUUCUCAUAUUCCCAUAAAAAUUAAAUGUAAUUACGUACCAAAAAAUAAUUUUAAUUAUUUAAUUAAUAUAAUAAUUAUUUAUAA